AUGGCUAGAGAUCCAUUGAUUGGGAUUGUUGGGAAACCAAGUGCAGGAAAAUCUACUUUAUUAAAUUCAUUAACAGACGCCAAUGCAGCGGUAGGUGCAUUCCCCUUUUGUACUAUUGAUCCAAAUAAGGCCACAGGUUACUUGCAGGUCACAUGUGCCUGUUCAAGAAUAGGUAAGGAAUCCUUAUGUAAACCAAAUUAUGGUUGGUGUGAGUCAGGUAAGCGUCAUAUUCCCAUAGCUUUAUUGGAUGUUGCUGGUUUAGUACCCGGUGCCCAUAGUGGUCGUGGGUUGGGUAAUAAAUUUUUAGAUGAUUUAAGACACGCAGAUGCGCUGAUUCAUGUUGUUGAUGUUAGUGGUACUACAGAUGCAGAAGGCAAAAACACUCGAGGAUAUGACCCAUUGUAUGAUAUUGAAUGGUUACAAGAUGAAAUUAGACUUUGGAUUGAGGGAAAUUUGAAACGUCGAUGGGGUUCUAUUGUCAGAAAACACACAGCUACCAAAUCGUCUAUUGUGGAUACAUUACAAGCACAAUUUGGUGGGUAUGGGUCGCUGCCAGUCAUGGUGAAACGGGCUUUAGACAGAAUUGAGGAUUUACCACCCUUGGAAAAUUGGGAUGAUGAAUGGAUCACGCGUGUAGUUAAAGAAUUUAUGAAGGAGAAAUUUCCUAUGGUAUUAGCAUUGAAUAAGAUAGACCAUCCAGAUGCAGAUAAAAAUGUUUCAAAGAUUAUGUUACGAUAUCAAAAAGAGCAUAAAAUGGUGAUAACAUCUGCUGUUACUGAGGUGUUUUUAAGAAGAUUGAAAAAACAAAAUUACAUUCGUUACGAAGAAGGAACGGAGUUUGUUGACACAUGUGAAGACGAUCCAGACCAAUUGAAACCAUUGGACGAAAAUGUUUUGCAAAAGAUAGAUAAGAUUAGAGAUUUAGUGUUGUAUAGAUUUGGAUCCACUGGUGUCGUACAAGUUUUACAAGAGGCUACUGGGUUAUUAGAUUUGAUUCCCGUAUAUACAGUUAAGAAUAUUCAUACUUUCACAGGUAAUGAUGGUAAUCAUGUAUUUAAAGAUUGUAUUUUAGUUAAAAGAGGGUCCACAGCAGGAGAAGUUGGACGUGCUAUUUUAGGUAAUAAUGUUACCAUUGCAGCCAUCGAAACAGUCGGUGGGGUACGUGUCGGUGAAGAUGCCAGGAUCGAAGAAGGAGAAAACGAUAUCUUAUCCUUUAAACUGGCUCCAAGAAGUAAAGAAUGA